AGAGAAACUAGAAACUUUCGUUCUUAUCCGUUGUACUUUUUGUAACUAUCUCGUUAAUCGAAAUAGUCGCGUCAGAAUAUUGCUUAUUUUGUUUAAAGGCUUUUUAAUAUUGAAUGAAUUUCGAAUACAAUUAGAUUCUGCUUGGGAUUUUAAACUUUGUGUUUUUAUUCAUCUUGUGCUACAAAGACUGUUUGUCCUACCUAUAUGCACUAACACACGCAGGUUUCUUUUAGUUGAGCAAUUCGAACAUGCUGAUUUUGUACGUAUUUGUAACGGCUUUUACAUAUUGAAAUUUGUGGAAUAAACAUAGAAUUUGCUUGGGAUUUUAAUACUGUGUUUUUAUGGAUCCAAGGACUGCUUGGUAUCAACCGGAACAAACUGGCUUGGUACAUGAUAUAUGGACGAGCAUUAUAGAGUCUGUGAUAGGCGUUGACAACAUGUCAUUUAACAAUCCUAAUCUAGACCAAACGAAUAAAGACUUCAUUCCGCUAGAUUUUCCGAAGAAUUUGAACCAAAGAAUUUGUGACAAAAACGAACAAAACAGUUUGAAGAAUUGUCAAAACCUACAUAUAUGUAAAAGAAAGCGAGAAAACAAGGCAAGCACUUACGGUUUCAAUCGGUUAAUUUACAAACAUUAUUUAAGUGAUGGAUGUCUAACGCCUUGGAUACCCCAAGGAAGAUUGUACCACCAACCAGCAGUUAUUUGGCUGCAUGAAGAGAUCAAGGACUUUUACCAGUACAUGUCACACACGGCAGAGGAACAGGCGAUGAGGCAGGAUGUGGUCAACAGAAUCACAGACGUAAUCAAGGAACUCUGGGACACUGCUGAGGUUGAGGUUUAUGGUAGCUUCAAAACAGGCCUAUAUCUGCCAACGAGUGACAUAGAUCUGGUGGUGAAUGGCAAGUGGGCCAAGCUUCCACUGUUUACAUUGGAGGAUGCACUGCUACGGAAGGGCAUCACUGACAAAGAGAGCGUCAAAGUUCUAGACAAGGAUUCCGUGCCUGUUGUGAAACUGACGGACUCAAAGACAGAGAUCAGAGUGAAUAUCAGCUUUAAUGUUCAAACGGGAACCAAGAGUGCCCUUCUCAUCAUGGGGUUCGUGAAGGACUACCCGGUGCUAAAGUACCUGGUCCUGGUGCUCAAACAGUUUCUGCUACAGAGAGAUCUCAAUGAGGUGUUCACAGGGGGAAUCUCAUCCUACGCUCUCAUUCUGCUCGUCAUCAGCUUUCUGCAGCUCCACCCACGUGAGGAUGCCCGUAACCCAAACUUGAACAUGGGCGUGCUGCUGGUGGAGUUCUUUGAGCUGUACGGGCGCCACUUUAACUACCUGAACACGGGCAUCAGCGUGAAAGAUGGGGGCCGAUACAGGCCUAAGGAUGACAUCUGCAAGCACAUGUACAAUGGGCAUCGGCCUGCCUUCCUGUGUAUAGAGGAUCCCCUGACACCUGGUAAUGAUAUAGGUCGCAGUUCGUACGGGGUCAUGCAGGUGAUCAAGUUCUUUGAGUACGCUUACUUAGUUCUGAGCUACGCGUUGGCUCCACACAAUGCUUGCCUCAUCAAGGGACACCAAAGUAUUUUGGGUCGGAUCGUUCGUGUGACUCCAGAGGUGGUGGAUUAUCGUCGUUGGAUACAGGAGACCUUUCCAGUGCAAAGAUCCCCCCCUUCCAGUGUGCCAGGCCCUGCGAGCAGAACAUACGCCAAUGUGGCAACCUCUACCUCUAAAUCGCGGUCCGAGUGUGGGGAUGACAACAAUAAUAAGCGCGUUCUCCUGGUAGUGGAAGAGAAGAAAUGCAGUGUGGAUGAUAACUCAGACUCGAGUGGGAACAGCUCCGUGUGUCGAUCCACCUCAUCAUCAUCACGGGGCUCCUCAGCAAUCUCCAGCCCCAGUGAAUCUGACUCGGAAGUGGAAAUUCAAGUGAAAGAAAAGACGCGUAAUCUUAGUGGUGGUAUCAAGCAUCCACGCACCACCAUCGUAUCCAAGGAGUUCCACAACAGCAGUAAUCCCCAGAAAUCUCCGAUCCCCGUAGCAACCACCAAGGGGCGGGACAGCAGUACCAGCAGUGUUUCGUCGACCCGAUCCAAUCCUCCAAAUGCCAACAUAAUCAGAGGCGAAAUAAUGAGCCCAAUGGGGGUCAGUGGGUUAGGGAGGCAGGACAGCAGAGAUCUCAACCUUGGUAUGGCAAGCAAUCCUAUCACCACAAGUCUCAAACCUACACUAGUCAUAGCCAUACUCAUCAAGGGGGCCGAGUAAAGUCACGGAACUCUAGGUCUAGGGCUCGAAGAAACAGCAAUUCAAAAUCUUCCAAAGACAGUCAGAAACGUCCUAGCAAUUCAAGCAAUUCUAUUCAUGCUUCAGAAGUUUCGAGGAAACAACCUCUCUUUGCCCCCGAACUGUUGAUUCCAUUAUUAACAUAUUUGAACAGCUGUGACUUCAGAGUGUUUAAACAAUUGUUAGAAUUUUAGAUCUUAUAGUUUUGUUAAGAUAUCUGUCAUCUCUGCCUCUCAUGUACACAUAAGUUUUGUAUUCAUGUUGAGUGACUUAUGUUAUUAUUUAAGAAGACAAAAUAGUGUAAACUUUGUAUUUUA